AUGCCGGAGCUAAGAAGUGGAGCACGUAGAUUGAGACAACCCAACCCUCAGGUGAUUGAACAGGCGGAAAAUAUUGAGCUUCCUCGUCAGGCUGCAACAAGGAGAAGAGGGAGAGGAAGGGGAAACGCUGCUCCUCCAAGACCCACUGGUGCUGCUGGUAGGGGUCGAGGCAUCAGGUUGAUAGAUUUAGAGGCAGAGCCUGCGGUUGGUGAGCCUGCUUUUAAUCAAGUCGAAGGGGCAGCUGAUAAGGAUAACGCUAUGGAAGGUGGUAGUGCGGAGAAAGUAGUUGGUGUGGAAGAAGAUUUAAGCUCAGCUCCAGUCCCUGAAAGGGUACAAGUUGGAAGCUCUCCUGUUUAUAAGACUGAAAGGAAACUCGGUAAGGGAGGCUUUGGUCAAGUUUUUGUUGGUAGAAGGGUGAGUGGCGGCAGCGAUAGGAUUGGAGCAGAUGCUAUUGAGGUGGCUCUGAAAUUUGAGCACCGAAACAGCAAAGGAUGCAAUUUUGGCCCACCUUACGAGUGGCAAGUGUACAAUACACUCAACGGUUGCUAUGGAGUUCCUGCGGUGCAUCAUAAGGGUCGUCAAGGAGACUUUUACAUUCUUGUCAUGGACAUGCUUGGUCCAAGUCUCUGGGAUGUUUGGAAUUCUUCGGGGCAAUCGAUGUCUCCUAACAUGGUAGCGUGCAUUGCCGUUGAGUCCAUAUCUAUUCUUGAGAAAUUUCAUAUGAAAGGGUUUGUCCAUGGAGACGUGAAGCCCGAAAACUUUUUACUCGGUCAACCCGGAACAGCUGAUGAGAAAAAACUCUACCUUAUCGAUCUUGGUCUCGCAUCAAAAUGGAAAGAUUCGCACACAGGCCAUCAUGUUGAAUAUGAUCAGAGACCUGAUGUGUUCAGGGGAACAAUAAGGUAUGCAAGUGUUAAUGCACAUCUAGGUCGUACUGGAAGCCGGAGAGAUGAUCUGGAGUCGUUGGCUUAUACUUUAAUUUUUCUCUUGAAGGGAAGAUUGCCAUGGCAAGGCUUCCAGGGUGAUAACAAGAGCUUUCUUGUUUCCAAGAAAAAGAUGUCAACUUCUGCUGAGCUGAUGUGCUGUUUUUGUCCACCACCGUUUAAGCUAUUCCUCGAGGCAGUCACUAAUAUGAAGUUUGACGAGGAGCCUAACUAUGGGAAGCUUAUUUCUCUUUUCGAUACUCUUAUUGAGCCAUGCGCUCUCUCUAGACCAAUUAGAAUUGAUGGAGCUCUAAAGGUUGGGCAAAAACGAGGAAGACUGCUUCUCAAUUUGGAAGAAGAUGAACAGCCAAAGAAGAAAAUCAGAAUCGGCAGUCCUGCUACUCAAUGGAUUUCAGUCUAUAACGGUCGUCGUCCCAUGAAACAGAGAUAUCACUACAAUGUCGGAGAGACGAGGCUGCGCCAGCAUGUACAGAAGGGAAUUGAAGAUGGCCUUUUGAUUAGCUGUGUGGCAUCAGCAGCUAAUCUCUGGGCCCUCAUUAUGGAUGCUGGAACUGGAUUCACUUCUCAAGUUUAUGAAUUGUCACCGGUCUUCCUACACAAGGACUGGAUUAUGGAACAAUGGGAAAAGAACUACUACAUAAGCUCCAUAGCUGGCUCAGAUAACGGGAGCUCGUUAGUUGUUAUGUCAAAAGGAACUUCUUAUUCUCAGCAGUCAUACAAAGUGAGCGACUCAUUUCCAUUCAAGUGGAUAAAUAAGAAGUGGAAAGAAGAUUUCCAUGUAACCUCCAUGACAACUGCUGGUAAUCGUUGGGGUGUGGUGAUGUCUAGGAACUCUGGCUUCUCUGAUCAGGUGGUGGAGCUUGACUUUUUGUACCCAAGCGAUGGGAUACACAGGAGGUGGGAGAAUGGGUAUAGAAUAACAUCAAUGGCAGCAACUGCAGAUCAGGCAGCUUUCAUAUUAAGCAUACCAAAGCGUAAAAUGGGGGAUGAAACUCAGGAGACUCUCCGCACCACUGCUUUUCCAAGUACUCAUGUCAAGGAAAAAUGGGCGAAGAAUCUGUACAUUGCAUCAAUAUGCUAUGGCAGGACAGUGUGCUGA